UGAAACUGUUGAAGAAUGGCUAUACUUUUUUAUUUAUCAAGAGGGAUACGUUUGGCUUUAGCUCAGAAUAGAAUAUUAGCCUCAGGGGAAUUAUUACAAAGCUUUAAGCUUUAUCGCUACCGCGUCGUCGUCUCCGGCCUCGUGCUGUCAAAUCAGCUGGCCGUGUGUCCAUUUACGACGUUAGCCUAUCGGCCUGUCUAUUUGUGUCAGAGGUUUUCGCAGAUACGUGGAUUUGUGACAGGUAGAUCAGAAACUAAAGCGAGAAGCGAAUUCGAACAGCAAGGAAAAGAAGAGUUGAAUUGCAAAAUGCUACCUGUCAAACCUUUUGAACGUCUGCCUAAGACCGUUGUACCCGUUCACUAUGACAUCACUAUUAAGCCUGAUUUGGUCAAACUCGUCUUCGAAGGGCAUGAGAGUGUCACGCUGAAAGUUGUUGAGCCGGUGGAUCAAAUUAUUUUGAACUCUCUGGAACUGGAGCUCGAAAAUAUUAGAAUUGCCGACGAAUCUGGUCAGGAGACUAAUAUUAGCAAUAUUGUGCUUGAUGUAGAAAAUGAAAAGGUGACAUUCAAGCUUGAUUCCAUGCUGCAGCCCGGGCAGUACUAUUUGAAGUUGGCGUUCAAGGGAGCCAUCAUUGACAAGCUAAAAGGUUUCUAUUGCAGCAAAUAUGUCAGUGCUGAUGGAGAAGAACGGUACAGUGGUGUGACUCAAUUUGAGCCCACAGAUGCCAGGCGUGCUUUCCCUUGCUGGGAUGAACCAGCUGUUAAAGCUACUUUUGAUAUUACUUUGGUGGUGCCCAAGGAUCGUGUGGCUCUAUGCAACAUGCCAGUGGUGUCCGAGUUGCCUUACGAAGCUGAUCCUAACCUGCACGUCGUCAAGUUUGAUCGCACACCGAUCAUGUCGACUUAUCUUGUUGCCUUCGUUGUCGGUGAAUUCGACUAUGUCGAAGAGCGCUCUACUGACGGCGUUUUGGUGCGAGUGUAUACUCCGGUGGGAAAGAAGGAACAGGGCCGCUUCGGACUUUAUGUUGCCGCCAAGGUCUUGCCGUACUACAAGGAAUACUUUGGGGUCGAAUAUCCCUUACCAAAAAUGGAUCUCGUUGCCGUUGCUGAUUUCGCCGCCGGUGCCAUGGAGAAUUGGGGUUUGGUGACUUAUCGAGAGACUUGCCUCUUGGUUGAUGAUCAAAACACGUCAACACAACGCCGUCAAUGGGUUGCGAUUGUCGUCGGUCACGAACUCGCCCAUCAGUGGUUCGGCAAUCUUGUCACCAUGGAAUGGUGGACUCAUUUGUGGUUGAACGAAGGUUACGCCACAUUCGUCGAAUCCCUUUGCGUCGACCAUCUCUUCCCCGAGUUCAAAAUUUGGACGCAAUUUGUCACCGAUACUUCCACUCCGGCCUUGGAUCUCGACAGUUUGAAGAACUCCCACCCCAUCGAAGUGCCUAUCGGUCAUCCAGAUGAAAUCGACGAGAUCUUUGACGAUAUUUCAUACCACAAGGGAGCGGCCAUCAUUCGCAUGUUGCACAACUACAUCGGAGAUGACGAUUUCCGACGUGGAAUGAAGCUGUACCUUACCCGGCACAAGUACGGCAACACUUUUACCGAGGAUUUGUGGGCAGCUUUGAGCGAGGCCAGCAGUAAGCCAGUUGGGAGCAUUAUGUCUGGCUGGACGAAGCAAAUGGGCUUCCCAGUUAUCCGGGUAACAGCUCGACAGGAGGGCGACGAUAAGCGAAUCUUGCAGUUGAGUCAACAGCGAUUCUUGGCUGACGGAACCAAAGACGAAAACAACACCAUGUGGAUGGUGCCGAUCGAAAUCGCCACGUCCCGCUCGCCCACCACGCCCAGCAAAUCGUUCGUGUUGGAAGGAGAAACAGCUGAAGUUGUCCUAGAUGAUAUUCGUCCUGAUGAUUGUUUUCAGAUGAAUCCAGGACAAGUUGGCUUCUAUCGUACCUGCUACGAACCUGACCUACUCAAACAGCUGGUGUCUGCUAUCGACCAUCAGACUCUACCACCUCUGGAUCGUCUUGGCCUCUUGGACGAUCUGUUUGCUUUGGUUCAGGCCGGUCAUUCUUCCACUGUGGAAGCGUUGACAUUGCUAGAGGCUUUUGCUAACGAGGAUCAGUACACUGUAUGGAACCGCGUCUGCAGUGCCUUGAGCAAGUUGUCGCACCUGUUGGCCUACACCGAACACCACGAACUGUUGAAAAGUUUUGGUCGUCGAUUGCUGGGCGGGAUGACCCGCAAACUUGGCUGGGAAUCGAAGCCGGACGAAGAGCACUUGACCAAGCUCUUGCGUAGUUUGCUUUUGGGCAGGAUGGCCAUGUUUGACGAUCCGGAAGUGAUCGCCGAGGCCGAGCGUCGUUUCGACCUACACAUCAAGGGCCAAGAACAAGUUCCGGCCGAUUUCCGCUCGACCGUCUACAAAGCCGUGUUGCGGACAGGCAGCCGAUCCAAAUACGAUGAUCUUUUGCGUAUUUAUCGCGAAGCAACGCUGCACGAAGAAAAGGAUCGCAUCGCCAGCGCUUUGGGCACCAUCAAGAACGAAGAAAUCCUUAAAGAGGUCCUGGCGUUUGCCAUGUCGAACGAAGUGCGAUCGCAAGACACUGUCUUCGUCAUCUCGUCGGUUGCAUCCAGCAAACUCGGUCGCGAAUUGGCCUGGAAUUACUUUAAAGACAACUGGGAUCUCUUCAACGAGCGCUUUAAGGGGGCAUUCCUCUUGGUCCGGCUGGUUAAAUCUCUAACGGAGAAUUUCGCUUCGGAAGAGAAGGCCAUUGAAAUCGACAACUUUUUCAAGGAGCAUCAUUGUGUCGGAACUGAGCGUACUGUCCAGCAGAGCGUUGAAUCAGUACGCCUGAACGCAGCUUGGCUUGGCCGCGAUGCCGAAGCCGUUGGCAUUUACUUGACGAGCAAAACCAAUGCUGCUGUAUCGCAAUAGAUAUUGAAUAGGAUGAAAACAAUUCCGUUUUCCGGUGUAUUUGCCUCCCGCCCCCCUCCUUUGUGUUUAUCAUUGGAGCAAACAACAACAACAAAAAAAAAAGAGAACUACAACCAGUCAACCCGUUGAUUAUUGAUCCUCUCGCUUUUUCUUAUUUUCUCGAAUUGGUUUCAGUUAUUAUUUUUGUUGUCAUUGAAAUUUCUUUUUGUAUUUUCAUUCACACAGCUGGAGAUGGGCCGUGAUUUUUUGUUAUUGCGGUUCAUCUCCAUCCCUCAUCAAAGUGAAAGAAAAACGACAAAAACAAACCAAUGCUCGAAAAUACAAUUUAGUUUUUCUUUUUU